GUGUGCACAGACAAGUGUGAAGGUGUGUGAUUGUGCAAGGGCCCUAGGAUUUAGCCGCGUGCACAAUUUUUGUGUGUGUGUGUAUGUGUGUAUCACAUCCCUCCACCAAUGGAGAAAUCCAAAGCGGACCUCGAAUCUGCAGCAAACGCCGAAGGCGAAUUCAAUCAAGAUCUGCUCACUGACGAACCUGAUACCCGCCCGGCCUGGGGGUCCAAAGUUCAGUAUAUCCUGGCCCAGGUUGGCUUUUCGGUUGGGCUUGGCAACGUUUGGCGAUUCCCCUACCUCUGCCAUAAAAAUGGGGGAGGUGCCUUCCUGCUGCUGUACCUGCUGCUUCUCUUCAUCAUUGGGAUCCCCUUGUUUUUCUUGGAGCUGGCGGCUGGGCAGAUUAUCCGGCAGGGCAGCAUCGGGGUCUGGAAGUACAUCAGCCCCCGCCUGGUGGGCAUCGGCUUUGCCAGCUGCGUGGUUUGUUCCUUUGUUGCCCUGUAUUAUAAUGUCAUCAUUGCAUGGAGUCUUUUCUAUCUGGCUAACUCCUUCCAGUUACCCCUGCCUUGGACUGAUUGCCCAGCAGCAACCAAUCAAACUGCUCCAGAAACGGAGUGUGGCCAAAGUUCUCCCACCGUCUACUUCUGGUACCGCGAGGCCUUGCAUGUGACCAACUCCCUUGACGAGAGUGGAGGCCUUGACCCGGCUCUUACCGGCUGCCUCUUUGCCGCUUGGGCUCUUGUGUGCCUGGCAAUGAUCAAAGGCAUCAAGUCCUCUGGCAAGGUUCUGUAUUUCAGCUCUCUUUUCCCCUACUUGGUCCUCUUGUGCUUCCUCGUACGGGCGCUGCUGCUAGAAGGAGCGGUUGAUGGGAUCAGAAUCAUGUUCACGCCCAAUCUGUCCAUCUGGAGAGACAUGCAGGUCUGGCGCCAGGCAGCCACCCAGGUGUUCUUUGCCCUGGGACUGGGCUUUGGGACCAUCAUUGCCUACUCCAGCUAUAACCCGCGCCACAACAACUGCCACAUCGACGGGCUGCUGGUGUCUGGGAUCAACUUCCUUACUUCAGUGCUGGCCACGCUUGUGGUGUUUGCCGUGCUGGGCUUCCGUGCCAACAUGAUCACACAGGACUGUGUGGAGAGGAAUACAAAAACCUUGUCUCUUCUAGCAUCAAACGGCUCCCUCCCUGCCACGCUGCCCCACCUUGGAAACUUCUCUGACCUCUCGGCUGCUGAGUACAGCGCUUGGUAUCAGGGUCUUCAGAACGACACAGCAGAGUGGCUGCAGAUGUGGAAGAUCAGUGACUGCCGCGCAGAGGAUGAGAUGAACAAGGAUGUGGAAGGCACAGGACUGGCUUUCAUCGCCUUCACGGAGGCCAUGACCCUCUUUCCAACCUCCCCAUUCUGGUCGGUGCUGUUCUUUUUCAUGCUGCUGAACUUGGGGCUGAGCACUAUGCUGGGGAACAUGCAAGGGAUCAUCACUCCAUUGCUGGACAACUUCCACAGCCUCCAGCGCCGGCGGACCCUCUUCACAGUGCUGUGUUGUAUUAUUGGAUUCCUGCUGGGCCUGGUUUUCGUGCAACGGUCUGGCAGCUAUUUUGUGUCCAUGUUUGACGACUACUCGGCUACCCUGCCCCUGCUUAUUGUUGUGGCUUUUGAAGCUUUUGCCGUGGCCUGGAUCUACGGAGCAGACAGGUUCUUAAGCGACAUAGAAGACAUGCUGGGCUGGCGGCCUUGGAGGAUCUACAGCUACAUGUGGCGCUUUGUCAGCCUGGGAGCGAUGCUGUGCCUGCUGCUGGCGAGUCUGGUGCACAUGGCUAUGAAGUGGCCCACCUACCAGGCCUGGAACAGAGAAAAGGCAGAGGAGCAGAUGCUGGAAUAUCCUCCCUGGGCCCUGGGCCUCCUCGUAGGCCUCAUUGUUCUGGCUGCUCUCCCCAUCCCAGUGAUGUUUCUCCGGCAGCUUUUGAUGGAUUGGUUUGCCCAGCGUGGCAGCCGGUCUGGCAUGGUGAUGGCGCCUGUACCCACAGAGGAUGACGACGAGGUGGCAGAAAGAGAGAGCCCUGCUGAUACUGAGCACCAAGGCAACGGGUACUUGCUUGUCCAGGCAGAAGAUGGGCAAGACUGACGGGAGGCACUUCCAGCUGGAAUGUACCACCUGGAGGACAUCUGACCUGCUCCGGCUCCUAGAUCCUCCUGACCAUUGGCUGUGUUUUCCAGCCUCUGAUAGUGGCGACCAUGUUUGUUUAGACACCCACCCACACUCCCAGUGUGCUGUUUAUGGCUUACAAGGCUGGUGCAGCUUUGGGGGGAAAAGGGAUGUGAGCAUGAAGACUUUCAUGCAGCUGGCCCCAAUGCCUCCUUCACACCUUCUGCAACCAAGGAGAUGAAAGAGAUAAAUGAAAGAGGACCUCAGAAGUGAUGUGGGGGCAAUCCAAGAAAAGCUGCUGGAUUAUUAAUCGUUUUUAAAGAACACCUUGUGGCUUUCACUGCUGCCACUGAGUCCCGUUUCCCUUCGCUAGAAUCGCGAUGCCUUGUUGCCGUGCCUCCACUAAAAUGAUGGUGCAGGAACAUUUGAGAGCUGAAGAUAAUUUGAUUUUGGAGGGCCACGCAUGUUCCAGAGGCAGAAAGUGACAACUCUUGGGAUUCCAGUAGUAAAGGAAAGCUUGACAUCUGAUGAGGCAUUGACUCACUGUUACAGGAUCCACCCGCUCUCCUUCACAUUUAUCCCAUGUCUCUCUCCCUCUCUCCCGUUGUUUUACCCACUGUCUAUUGUAAGCCUCUUGAGGGCAAGGACCUUUUUUUUCCCCUGAUGAAUCUUUGGGUGCCAUAUUGCUCAUUCUCAUCCAAAGAUGGUUCAAGCUCAGCAGCUACUGGCAUGAAAACGCCCUUCUCCCAGGGCCAGUUUCUGUCAAGAACCCUGCAGUACUGUUAGGGUCAGGAUUGGGUUUGCCGACUGAUGCAGGAGGAGGAAGCAACAGGGGGCAGGGGCUGAAUAGUGGGAUCCAGAGUUGGUGGUGAAGGGAUCACUCCUUUCCACUGCAACUUCAGUCACUUGGGAAGAGGGAGCGAGGGAACUUUCCUGCGGAACUGUGUGCUUGGAGCAGCCAAAGCUGAAGGUUAAGCCAGAGGCAGUAACAACUGAACAGGAGCCCUAACAGGAAGGUGCAGUUUUGUCGCUUAGAACCAGGCAGCACAUUCACUGAUAGGAACAGACCAACCCACCCUGAAAGAGUGCACAUUUGCAAUCCCGACCUCAAAGAGUGAGCCAAGUGUUACGAGUGAGUGCACCUUGCUGGGUCCUUAAAAAUAUGGCAGGUGGAGCAUGGAAACUUGUUGGGACAUCUUGGUUGCUUCCAUCCGGUUCUAAACUUCUCAUCCUGCUCAUGAACCCUGAGCUCUGCAUCUGCAGCUGAGCCUGUACAGUUAUUGGCCUGAGUAAAUAUCUCUUUCUUAGUUGCAAGAAAGAGCAUCUGCUUGUUGCAUGUUUUUGGACAUGAGCCAGCAAAAUUCCUCAAUGGAAGUCAGUAUUCUCCACAACCCGACUAACGGUGAUGUUGAGAAAGAAUUUGGUUGAGCAUUUAGACUGGUAUGAGAUACAGGACUAAAGAAAAACUCCACGUGGUCUAGGUUGUCUUAAAGUUACACUGUUGUAAAUGCAGGGGGGGGGAUAACAUUUUAUGGUUGGUUCUGAGUGCAAGAAUAGACUGUGUCAAGUAAUUUUUCAACACUCAGUUGGAUUUUGUAACUCAAGGCUAAAAGGUAGCAGUCAGUAGACUGUUUUUAAACUAUUCUCCAUGAGGAUGGUUCAUGUAAAUGGUUCAGUCAAUGAACUUUAUAAUGCAGUUUUUUGUUUCUGGGACUUCUCUGUUCAAGCAAGGCAAGGAACCAAUUGGUGGUGGUGGCUGGGUUUGAGUUUCUUACAAGACGAGGGGAGCACAGCUUGCUGUAGCUCAUAAGUGAGUCAUACACAGGAGAACAACUUUUUCAAAGAAUGUUUGUUUUUUUCUUUUCAAUAAAAGCUAUUUAGUAGAAACAA